UAUCUCUAUCUCUAUCUAUAUCUCUAUCUCUAAGCAGCCACCCAGACGGCCAGACCCAGGUCUCCCCUUUCGUUUCUGAUUUCACAAAAAGAGAAAAAGAUAAAAUUCUUGUCGAAACUGCGAAUAAGUUAAUUCCGUCCUACAAUAUUUUGGCAACUUGUCUGAAUUUAGGAAAUCCAUUCAUCGCUCUGGAAUCAAGAUAGAAGGCUUUUCAGUUUACCAGAUUCUCUUAAUCUUCAUCACUAUAGCUUUCUUUUCUUGCCGCCAUGUCUUCUGUGAAUCUUGGCACUUUGGUUCAUGGCUAUACCAUAUUCAAUCUUACAGCCAGAUCAAAAUUUCAUCCAUUUAAAAAGAUACCAGUUGCAUCUCCAAAAUUGAGACGCCUACCCAUGCCCUUUGUCGUGCCAAGACUAAACAGAUUCCUUUCAGUCUCAGCUGUUCUCACUAAACAAGAAACUCUUCAAGAAGAAGAAGAAAACCCGAAACCCGUUUUCGAUUUCAAGUCUUAUAUGCUUCAGAAAGCCAAUUCUGUUAACCAGGCGCUUGACGCUGCCGUUUCAAUUCGUGACCCCCCAAAAAUCCACGAAGCUAUGAGGUAUUCUCUAAUAGCCGCCGGCAAGCGCGUGAGACCAGUGCUCUGCAUCGCUGCUUGUGAAUUGGUUGGGGGGAAUGAGUCGAUAGCCAUGCCGGCUGCUUGUGCUAUUGAAAUGAUUCACACCAUGUCCUUAAUUCAUGAUGAUUUACCUUGUAUGGAUAAUGAUGACCUUCGUCGUGGCAAACCCACAAACCACAAAGUUUUCGGAGAAGAUGUCGCAGUUUUAGCCGGAGAUGCACUGCUUGCUUUUGCAUUUGAACACAUGGCUGUUUCUACUGUUGGCAUUCCGCCUUCGAGGGUAGUUAAAGUAGUUGGAGAAUUAGCGAAAUCAAUUGGUUCUGAGGGUCUUGUUGCUGGUCAAGUUGUGGAUUUAAACUCUGAAGGUUUAAAAGAAGUGGGUUUAGAUCAUCUUGAAUUUAUUCAUCAACAUAAGACAGCUGCAUUAUUGGAAGCAGCAGUGGUUCUUGGAGCAAUAUUGGGAGGUGGAAGUGAUGAUGAAGUUGAAAAGCUGAGAACUUUUGCUCGGUGUAUUGGGUUGUUGUUUCAGGUGGUUGAUGAUAUUCUUGAUGUGACCAAAUCAUCUCAGGAACUUGGAAAGACUGCUGGUAAGGAUUUGGUGGCUGAUAAAGUCACUUAUCCUAAGUUGCUGGGGAUUGAAAAAUCAAGGGAAUUAGCUGACAAAUUGCAUAAAGAUGCUCAACAACAAUUGUCUGGAUUUGAUCAGGAGAAAGCCGCUCCUUUGAUUGCUCUGGCUAAUUAUAUUGCUAAUAGGCAAAAUUGAUUUGUAUGUUUAGAUCAAUCUGGCGAUUCCUGUAAACAAGUAAUUUAAGCGUACUGCAUCCUUACAGACUUGCAGAGUCCACAGGAUUGCGGAUAUACAGACCGUGCUAGUUCAAAUUGAUCUGGUUUAUACCAUUGUUUCAUAGAUAUAUGUUGUAACCAUUCUAUCUGCUGCUGGAAGGAAGAUAUUUGUGCCAGAGAUGAUGAAGCUUGCCUGUGGAGAAAGGGUCUUUGAGGACUUGCUCUAGGGCAAUUGCUUAUUGUCUGUUCUCUCUGAUUUUUUGGAUGGAAGGAAACUGAAAUUAGUGAUAAAUUUCGAAAAAUGUAAAUCAUCUCAUGUGGUGUUUGAAAAGUAACAAGUACAUGAAAUAUGGAGAAAGUGAAUAUCAGCGAAUUCUGUGUUAGUGAUGAAGAUUUUUGGAUAUAUUCUAUUACUGUAAAGUUGAAACAAGUUAUAUUAGAUAUUAACUUUCUUAUCUAUCAUCA